AUGCGUAUUGCUGAUAACACGGAGAAAAUGAGGAAAAUUUUGUCCAAAUUGACUCACUCAUCUAUACCUAUGGCUGUUUGUAAAGAGAAUGACCCCGUGGAUGUUCUACAUGCAUUUCAGUUCAGAGCAUUACAAUUACAGGAUAAUAAUAAUUCAGGCAUUGCUGAGUUCAUUUUAGAAGCAGAAGAGUUGCCGGGUGGGAGUUCUUCGGGUGAAGCUGUAUUAUUGGCACAGCAUGGUUCUCCUGUAGGUAUAGGUGGAGAUAUCGCCGGUAGUAUCCGAAUACCCUGCGCAUUUUGUAAUUUAGCUGGCUUGAAACCAACUUCUGGGAGACUGAGUGUAUUAGGUUUUGUAUCGGCUGCCAAGAAAUCAGUAUUGUAUUUAUCGCCUUGCCUAGGACCUAUGGCUAGAAAGGUGGACGAUUUAGCUUGUGUGAUGCGUGCGUUAUUGUGCCCUACAAUGUUUGAUUUAGAUCCGUAUGUUAUACCGAUGAGCUUUGACCAAGUGUCUUAUGAAGGGAAGAGCAGAAACCAGUUGGUGAUCGGUUAUUAUCUUAACUUCGACGACCCAAAUCUCAUUCAAGUCUUGGACGUAAAUCAGCAAGUUGUAGAAAAAGCAGCCAAAGCGUUAGAAAGUGCUGGACAUCGACUUGUAAAGUUCACAGUUCCUGAUCCUUAUAAAGCCUUUAUACUUGGUUUGCAUGCCUUGUUUGCAGAUGGUGGUCAGGAACUUCGAAGUCAUCUACGAGGGGAACCACUCAGUCCGCAUAAUAAACUUAUCAGUACUGUUACUAGAAUUCCAGACAUUUUGAAACCUAUUGUCGGGUUUAUUUCUAAACAUUUCAUUGGUAAACCGGUCUGCCCAUUAGGUGCGUUCCAGAAACUUGGCAGUGGUCAGGCAGCAGUUAAUUUAAUUUCUGAAAUCGAAGCUUACCGAUACGAAUUUGCAAAAGCUUGGAAUAAUGCAGGCCCACUGGAUGCGUUAAUAUGUCCUGUAUUUCCUUAUCCUGCACCACCAGAAGAUGCCUUACAAGUAUAUAUAUCUCCAUCCAUUAUCUACACUUUCCUGUAUAAUAUUCUGGACUAUCCUGCUGGAGCUGUCCCAGCUGGCUUUGUCACCGAAGACGAUGUUCGAAAUUCAUUAAUGAAAUCUGAAUCACUGUAUUCUACUGGUGAUUCUUACAUGUCCAAAGUAUACGGACUAUUAAAUGGAGGAGAAAACCUACCACUGUCUAUUCAAGUGGUUGGUAAACCGUAUCAUGAAGAGACCGUUCUUCGAGUUAUGCGUGAAAUAGAAAGUAGUUUCUCUCAACAAAGUGAGUCGUAAUUUCAAAGAGUAUUUCAACCUUUUGUUAUCGUAUUUCCUCUUUAUUUAAUUUCAUGUCACCUUUGUUUCUUUACUAGCAUUUUAUUAAGUUUUGAUUUAAACUUUUGUACCUAGUUCUUUUAAAUUAAGAUUGCUGAUUAGUGUUAUUUACUCUACAUUUUCAUUGAUAACUUUCUCGAUUUUUUAGUUAUCUUUACUGUGAUAAUUGUGUCUGUUAAUCUUCAUUGUAGAUUUUAGCAAACGAUUCCAUCAACUUUAACCAAAAAUACCGUACUUAUUAA